AUGGUGGAACUUCCUUGGGAAUUGGAGGAAAAGAUACUCUCUCUGACUACAGCAAAGUCUCUCACUCGUUUCAGAUCUGUUUGCAAACGAUGGAACACUCUUUUCAAAGACGAACUUUUUGUCAACGAUCAUCUGUCUCGUUCUCGUCCACAAUUCAUCUUGUUAGUCGAAUCCAAGAUUUGUAUUGUGGAUGUUAAUCUUGAUGGUCAAUCUAUAGAGGUGCAUGACUUGCCCCAGUUUGAUCCGGGUUAUGGAGUUUUAUGCGACACGAAAGUUGAAUGUUGCGAUGGGUUAUUGAUGUUUUCUACAACUAGAGGGACAGGGAUAUGCAACCCAUGGUUGAGACUGAUUAGGUGGAACGAAUCCAUAUUAGAUAAACCCAGUGGGAUAGGAUAUGACAACAGUACACCCGACAAACAAUAUAAGAUUUUUAGUUCUUGUAGCUCUUACACUACAACUCUACAUGCUAAUAUCAUCGAGAUUGGAUCUGAUGCAAGUAAAUCUAAAACGUACGAGUUUGCAAUGGAGUUUUAUAGUAGGUCCAGUGUAUCCUUGAAUGGAACUUUGUAUUGGAUUGCCUAUAGUAGAGUGUGUUAUGAACAUUGUAUUCAAACCUUUGAGUUCUCUACAGAGAGAUUCGAAUUUUAUUGUAACUUGCCUACUAAACGAUCCA